UCUUAGAAAAUAAAAUAAAUUCAGAAAUUAGCUAUAAUACCAUAGAAAAUAAUAUGUUUGAAAUUAUCUUAGGCAUCUAAUCAUUAGAUAUGUUUAGAGUGAUGAAAAAUGUCAAUUCGUUCUUAAUUAGAAACUAAGUACUUUCAAACAACCACUAUUGUUAUAAAUGUGAUUAAUAAUGUAAGUGCAAAAAAAUUACAAUUAUUUGCAGAGCCCUCAUUAAGAGUUAUUGGUUAUAAUUUGAACAAGAGGAGAUUUUUGUAUUGAGGGUAGUAUAAUUCAGCCAAGGGAAGACAGUGGGCUUUUAAGUAAAUGAUAAUUUAGAUAACAAUUGGUAAAAAUAAAAAAACAAAAAGAAAUAUAUUUUUAGACAUAGCUUCACUUUAGUGGCUCAAAUAAAGAAAAGGUUCAUUUUGCUAAUCUAAAUCAUGCAGGGUGAAAACAAUAUAUGGUUUUAUGAUUCCGUAUAGCCUCAUUAGAUAUAAAAAUGAUUAUAAUUAAUUCAUAAGACUAUGGUAUUAGUGUUUAAAUAGAACAGUAUUGUGUUUGAUUCUUUGGUUUUAUGUAAUAUAUUUAUAUAUACAUCUUGAUGCGGUGCUCUCUUUGAUAAUAUUAAAUUGUGAAACACAUAAUUUUAAAUCUAAUUUAAAAAAUCCAAAGAUUUUUAUGAAGGUAACAUAUACAAAAUAUGCUUUGUUUAGUUCAAUAUUUCCUAUCCCUUAACUGGUGCUUAAAAGACAGUCGAAAUUGAUGAUGACAAGAAAUGGUAAUAAUUUCUAUGGAAUUCCUUAGCUCAAUCUUCUUUGACAAGAGAAUGGGACAAGUUGUGGAAGCAGACAACUUGGGUGAUGAGUACAAAGGAUAUGUGUUCAAGAUUACAGGUGGUAACGACAAACAAGGUUUCCCAAUGAGACAAGGUGUCCUCUUCAAGGGAAGAGUCAGAAUUCUCAUGAGAAAGGGACACAAGGGUUACAGACCUAGAAAGGAUGGAGAGAUGAAGAGAAAAUCAAUUAGAGGAUGCAUUGUCGGUUAAGAUAUCAGAGUCCUUGCCUUACAAGUUGUUAAAAAGGGAGCCAAUGAAAUCGCUGGACUUACAGAUCAAAACGUCCCAAGAAGAUUGGGUCCAAAGAGAUUGACCAAAUUAAGAAGAUUGUUUGGAUUCAAAAAAGCAGACGGUGUUGCUAUUGUCUAAAAGAAUCUCAUCAGAAGAACAUGGACCACAAAGGAUGGAAAGAAGAGAUAGAAGGCUCCAAAGAUCCAAAGACUUGUUACUGAAUCAAGAUUGAGAAGAAAGACCAUUCAAAAGAAGUCAGAAUAAGCCAGAAGAACCAAAGCCAAAUAAGCUUUGGAAGCAUAUAAAAAAUUAGCUCAUGAUGUUCACGAAGCUCACAAGAAACACAGAAAAGCAUCAUCUGAAAUCAAGGAAAAGGUUAAAGAAUAACCAAAGGUAAAUCACUAACAUCAAAUUUUAAGGCUAAGGAUACCAAGGCUACAACCAAACCAGCAUAAGGUGGAAAAUAAGCCACUCAAACUAAAGCUUAAGCUCCAGUCAAGGCUGCAGCUCCAGCAAAAACAACAGCUCCAGCUAAGACAGCCCCAUAACCAACUCAAAAAGCUCCAACCACCACCACCAAAGCCAAGAAAUGAAAAUGAUAUUAUAAAUAAAGUACAUUACAUAAAAAAAUUAAAAUUCA